AUGGCACCCGCCCACCGCCGGCCCGUAGCGGCCAGGCCACCCGACACCAUCUCAACCUCGUUCCUCUUGGCCAACCUUCACUGUCCUACCUGCGUCUUGGCUAUAAAGAGCGCCCUUCAGGAAUCCUGCGGCGAACAUAUCAACUGGGUCUCCCCCAAUGUGGUCACUUCCGUGGUGACGGUCGAGCACGCCCCAGCAGCAUCUCUCCAGCAAAUGCGCAUGGCCCUUGAGGAGAGCGGCUUCGAGGUAUGCGCAAUCUAUACGUCUGCCGGCGACGUAUCUGACGUAGACGUGGACCUGGAAGCCGGUGGGAGCCAGGGGAACGGCGAGAGCAGCAGUCACAGCAGGCAUCACCCAGUGUCCGCACUCAGCCGCUGGUUCAUGCCGUCCGGGUCACCGGCGCCUCAAGCACAGAAGGUUCGAGCCCACCUCGAAAACUGCGAACAGUGCCGGAGCACCAUGGGGUCAGUGUUGGACGUGAAGCGGGUUCUGGAGGACAGAUCCGCCCAUGUCAGCCUGGCGUCGAGCAACAGUCCCAACCCGCAGAUAGGCGGGGAAUCGAAGCCGUUCGUCGUGGCCGAAAACACUGAAGAUGCCUCAGUCCAGCCGCUUUGGAGAGCCACGCUCGCCGUCGGUGGCAUGACGUGCUCCGCAUGUUCGAACAUGAUCGCAGAGGGCCUGACGAGGCACGACUGGAUCUCCAGUGUCACAGUCAACCUGCUCGGCAACAGCGUCACGGUAGACCUGAAGGACGGGAACAAGGCCGACGAGCUCGUCCAAGCCAUCGAGGAUCUCGGGUAUGAAGCAACCUUGGACUCGGUCGCCGAGCUCAGCCAGGGGAGGCGCAAGGGCGCGAGCAGCUCCGACACCUGGCGGGCAACGUUGGCCAUCGGCGGAAUGACGUGCGCGUCCUGCGCCAACGGAAUCACGAGGGAGAUGAAGAAAAAGGGUUGGGUUAAGGAUAUCACGGUCAAUAUGCUCACCAACAGCGCCACAGUCGACUUCGACGGUCGGGAUAACGCCGACAAGCUGGUGCAGGAGAUCGAGGAUCUUGGGUACGACGCAGCCCUUGAUGCCGUGGUCAGCCUGGCUCAAGAGGCUUCGGAGGAGCACGAGCGGACGGUCGAAAUAAAGAUCGACGGCCUAUACUGCGAGCAUUGCCCGGACCGAGUCACCCAGAGUCUCGCGGGUUUCAGGCGGCAGUUGGAGGUCAUCACCCAACCGACCCGCCAAAGGCCCAUCAUGAAGAUCUCGUACGUCCCUGACGCGCCGUCCUUCACCAUCAGGAGGAUCCUGGCAGCCAUCGAGGCAAGCGACCCCGGCUUCACCGCCUCGAUCUACCACCCUCCGAGUCUCGAGGAGCGGUCCAAGCAGAUCCAGCGCAGACACCGGAUGCAGAUCCUCGCGCGCGUCAUCUUCACCGGCAUCGUCUGCAUCCCCACCUUCACCAUCGGCAUCGUCUACAUGAGUCUGCUGCCGGACAGUGAGUCGAAGCACUUCAUCAUGGCGCCAUGGACAUCAGGCAUCAGCCGGGCGCAGAUCGCUUUGUUUGUCAUGGCCACGCCGGUCUACUUCUUCGCCGCCGACCUGUUCCACCGCCGCGCCGUCAAGGAGAUAAGAACCAUCUGGCGUCCGGCGAGUAGAGUUCCUUUUCUCCAGCGGUUCUACCGCUUCGGCAGCAUGAACACGCUCAUGUCGCUCGGCACCACCAUCGCGUACGUCUCCUCGGUCAGCCAGAUGAUUGCUGCUGCGGCGCACCGGCCGGACGAGAUCAACGACUCCAACUUCUACUUCGACUCGGUGGUGUUUCUGACUUUCUUCCUGCUGCUGGGGAGACUGAUCGAGAGCUACAGCAAGGCGAAGACUGGCGACGCCGUGGAGUCGCUAGGGAAGCUGCGGCCGACGACGGCGGUCCUGAUAGAAGGAUACGGCUCUGAGAAGGAGGCGGAUGUCGUCACAAAGGCGGACCUGCUCGACUUUGGCGACGUCGUGCGCGUCACACACGGCGCUUCGCCCCCGGCUGAUGGCACGGUUGUCCACGGUGAAAGCAGCUUCGAUGAGUCUAGCCUGACAGGCGAGUCACGGCCGGUGAAGAAGGCGCCUGGCGGCGAGGUGUUCUCGGGCACGGUCAACAAGGGUGCCUCUGUUCUGGUGAAGAUAACCGGUGCGGCUGGUUCGUCGCUUCUGGACCAGAUCGUCAACGUCGUCCGCGAGGGUCAGACGAAGCGAGCUCCAAUCGAGCAGGUUGCCGAUCUGUUGACGUCCUACUUUGUCCCUGUCGUCACCCUCAUCGCUGUCCUCACCUGGAUUAUCUGGCUCUCCCUCGGGCUAGGCGGCCGCAUCCCGGGCCACUAUCUGGACGUCGCCUCCGGUGGCUGGGUCGCAUUUUCGCUGCAAUUCGCGAUCGCAGUUUUCGUCGUGGCAUGUCCCUGUGGCCUCGCUCUCGCAGCCCCGACCGCCAUCUUCGUGGGCAGCGGCCUCGCAGCGAAGCACGGCAUUCUAGCCAAGGGCGGCGGUGAGGCCUUCGAAAAGGCCAGUCGGAUCGACUGUGUUGUGUUCGACAAAACGGGGACCUUGACCAUGGGCGGAGAGCCAGAAAUCACCGACUCGGAGGUUUUCCCAGAAGACGCGGCCCAAAGAGACUCCCUCGUGGCAGCCUUGAAAGCAGUCGAAGAGAACAGCAGCCACCCAAUUGCCAAAGCCAUCGUCUCCUUCUGCAGCGCGCAAACCUCCUCCAAGGCCACCAUCGACAACCUCCAAGAAGUGCCCGGAAAAGGCAUGAAAGCCGUCUACCAUGGAAUCACACCCUCCUCGUCAUUCGAGCUCGCCGUCGGCAACGAGUCCUUCAUGGCCGACUUCUCUGUUGCCAUCCCGCCAGAGACCAACCAGACCCUUCAGCGCUGGAAAGGCGAAGCCAAAUCCGUUGCCCUGGUCGCCACGAAGCCCCUGCAAGUCUCCGCCACAUGGACCCUGGCAGCAGUGCUCUCCAUCUCCGAUCCGAUCCGCCCAGAAGCACCGGGCAUCGUCCGUGCCCUCCAGUCCCGCGGCACCCGCGUCUGGAUGCUCUCCGGCGACAACCCGACCACAGCGGCGGCCGUCGCCUCACAACUGGGCAUCCCCGCAGACCAGGUCAUCGCCGGCGUCCUGCCGACGGGCAAGGCUGAGAAGAUCAAGUAUCUCCAGUCCACCGUCCGAGCACGCACUGGCCGCGGAGGGAAUCAAGAGGCUGCGACGAGGAGGGCGAUGGUGGCGAUGGUGGGCGACGGUAUCAACGACAGCCCCGCGCUGGCGACGGCCGACGUCGGCAUCGCGAUCGGCAGCGGCGCCGACGUGGCCAUCAGCACGGCCGACUUCGUGCUGGUCAAGAGCGACCUGCGGGCCGUGGUGGAUCUGCACGACCUGUCACAGGUCGUGCUGCGGAGGAUCAAGCUCAACUUCGGCUGGGCCGUGGUGUACAACUGCCUGGCGCUGCCUGUCGCGGCAGGCGCGCUCUAUCCCAUCACCGAUCAGCAUGGGAAUCAUGUCCGGCUCGAUCCUGUGUGGGCUAGCCUGGCCAUGGCGCUGAGCAGUAUUAGUGUGGUGCUGAGCUCGCUUGCGUUGAAGGUGAAUUUGGGGAUCCAAGAGACCGAGCGAGAGAAUGGAAGGGGUUUGAUCUGGUUCGCGAUACAGUAUGUCAACAGGGUCUGCGAUAUAAAAGCAGGACUGUUUGUUUCAAACGCCAUCAAGCUGAAGCCGAUCAGUCUUGAAGAACAUCGAACUGCGGCGCAAUUCCUAGUCAUCAUGAAUUCCACUGUCAAGCGCAAGUUCAACGUGCUCCUCCAAGGCAUCGGCAACCGAACGCCGACCGACCGAGAAAGCAGCCUCGCCGAACCCGCAUCUUCCCCAGCUUCGCAGCUCUCCUCCCACUAUCCGCCGGCAACAAUGACAAGCGAUGACACCCUCGACAGCUUCAAGAAGCGCCGGGUCGGCGGGCCGGUCUCGACACCCUCAAAAUACGGCAUGCUACAGGGAAGCCCAAUGCGAUCGUCGCCAGCUAGCAUACGUACCGUACCGCCGACGACUUCCGUCUCGAACAUUUCUCUUCGGAAAUGGACGCCCGGGUCCGGCAGUCCUGCGGCAGACGGAAAGGAGGGCCUUCCACCACCGCCAAAGUACUGCCCAGGUGAUCGCGACCAGCUUCUCAGGCGGCUGGCGACUUUCCAGGAGAUAACCGAUUGGGCGCCCAAACCGGACCGGGUCAACGAGGUGGAGUGGGCAAGGCGCGGCUGGGUGUGCCAGGGCAAGGAGCGCGUGAAGUGCACGCUCUGUGGACGGGAGCUGGUCGUCAAGGUGAACCGGAAAGAGGUGGACGGCAGGGAGAUCGCGGUGCUGAUUGCAUCGGAGAUUGCUGAGUCGGUGGUGAGCAAAUACGUCGAGCUAAUUGUUGAGGCGCAUGCGGAGGACUGUCUAUGGCGGAAGAAGGGGUGUGAAGAAUCGCUCCUUCGUCUGCCUCUUCCCAACCCCAAACUCGCCCUCCAAGGCCUGCGGCAACGCUACGACGAGCUCUGCGAACGCGCUGCGUUUUUGCCAUACGAGUUCAACCUCCGGCUCCCACCGACACUAGACCUGGAUACGGUCAUCUGCGAUCUCCCGCCUACUUUCUUCACCGACCCGCCCCCACCGCCAGACAAAGCCAACCCACCGAAUCCCUCCUCAACCUCCGCGUCCUCUCCACCACCGAUCAACCGUCCGGCCCUCGCACUCGCCCUGCUAGGCUGGCAAUCACUCACCCAUCCGACGCUCGGUAACCCCGUACCGAACAGCGCCUCCUGCCACACCUGCCUGCGUCGCCUAGGGCUAUGGAUGUUCAAAUCGCGCGAGAUCGACCCGGCAACCAACGAGGUCCUUGUACCCGCGCCUAUGGACCACCUUGACCCGCUACGCGAGCACCGCUUCUUUUGUCCGUGGAAGAACGCGGUGGCGCAGCGUAACCCGGGCCUCGCGAGGCCCCUUGCUAAGGGGGAGAGGGAACUGCCUGCGUGGGAGGUGCUUGUUCAGGGGUUGAGGAAUGAAGCGCUCAUUCGGGAGAGGGUGGACGGGGGGAGUACUAAGAGGAAGAAGAACAACGAUGCGGCGGCUGGGCAUGGGAGGAGUAAGAGUAGCGGUGUUGUCCCUGCGACGACCGGUGAGCCGAAGACGCCCGAGCGUGCGCGGCCUACCACGGUGGCGGGGGCGCCGAGGAUAAUGGUUGGAGAUGCGGAAGAAGAAGAGGGAAGGGGUGGUGAUGGGCUCCAGGAGGAAAAGGUGGACGACGAGGAGGCUAGGAAGAAGAAGGACAUGGAUAUGAUGUCGCGGCUGAGGAGGGUCAAGAGCUUGUUCAACACCAAGGCAGGGGCAUCAGAGAAGGACGGACUCAAAUACCAAGCGGUUUUCCUCGCAACCAAACAAAGCGCUGCUGCAAGCCCGACAUGA